GUCACCCACGUUCAAAUAUAGCCAUAUCAGUAAUUGUCGAACUGUAUCAGAGUUUUUCUUUUUGUUUUCUUUAUAGUAAAUGUGCUAAAUUAUGUCUUCUUCUAUAGACAAAAAGGAUCCUUUACAAAUACAUCGUAAACCAUCACUUCGCCAAGAAUUUGCUGUUGUAAACUUUAUACAGAAGCAUCCAUUAUUAGUCCAAACUAAACAAUUAAAAAUUCUGAAUCGUGGAAAAGUCUACAAGUUAUGGAUUGAAGUGGCUAAGGAGGUAAAUUCAAUAGAAGGUGUUGAAAAAUCUCCUACAGGCUGGCUGAAAUACUGGAUUGAUAAAAGAAGAAAAUCAUAUUGAGCAAAUUAAUCAUGAGCUGACAGAUGAUUGUGAGGUCACACAGCACAAGGAAGAUGACAAUGAUGAAAAUUAUGAAGAGAAUUAUAGCAGUGAAUAUAAUGGCACAAUACAAAACAAUUCUUUUAAAAGUGAUGAUAACGA